AUGGAUGAGGAAACAGGCACAGAGAUGUCAAAUUACUUGCCUAAGGUCAGGCAACCAGAAGCCAGGAUUGGCUUCAGCAGCCUGGGACCAGGGCAUGUUCUAAACCAAAACAGUACUCUACCACCUGAGUGUCCUGAAUUUCCCAGAAAUGUCUGCUUUAAGGAGUACAUGUGGGCAUACUGUGACAUAACCCAUUUAUUUGCUUUCUUUCUCAGGCGAGCUGCGGUGAGGGCCAGGAAGAGAACUUGUUUGGAGCCCUGGGCUAUUGGCCUUAUCACCUUUAUAUCCCUGAUUGUCCUGGCAGUGUGCAUUGGACUUACUGUUCAUUAUGUGAGAUACAACCAAAGGAAGACCUACAAUUACUAUAGCACAUUGUCAUUUACAAGUAACAAACUAUAUGAUGACUUUGGAAAAGAGGCUUCUAAAAAUUUCACUGAAAUGAGCCAGAAAAUUGAAUCAAUGGUAAAAAAUGCAUUUCAUAAAUCUCCAUUGAGGGGAGAGUUUGUCAAGCCUCACAUUAUCAGGUUCAGUCCAGAGGAACAUGGAGUGUUGGCUCAUAUGCUGCUGAUUUUUAGAUUUCGCUCUACUGAGGAUCCUGAAGCCAUCAAUAAAAUUAUUCAACGUGUUCUAACUGAAAAGCUGCAUGAUGCUGUAGGACCCCCUAAAUUAGAUCCUGAAUCAGUUGAAAUUAAAAAAAACAUGGUCUCCUGGACUGUCACUGCGUCCUGGUUCCUUAAUGAAAUCAACAAGACAGAAACAGACAACUUUCUGAACAGUUGCUGUGGGACACGAAGGAAUAAAACUGCAAGACAGAGUCUCAGGAUCGUUGGUGGGACACCUGUAGAGGAGGGAGAAUGGCCUUGGCAAGCUAGCCUGCAGUGGGAUGGGAUGCAUCGCUGUGGAGCAACUUUAAUUAAUAGCACGUGGCUUGUGAGUGCCGCUCACUGCUUUAGAACGUAUAAGGACCCAACCAGAUGGACUGCUUCCUUUGGAGUAACAAUAAAGACUCCAAAGAUGAAGCAAGGCCUUCGAAGGAUAUUUGUCCAUGAAAAAUACAAGUAUCCAUCACAUGACUAUGAUAUUUCAGUUGCAGAGCUUUCUAGCCCGGUCCACUACACAAAUGCAGUACAUAGGAUUUGUCUUCCUGAUGCAUCUCAUGAGUUCCUACCAGGGGAUGAGAUGUUUGUGACAGGAUUUGGAGCACUAGAAAAUGAUGGUAGUGGUCAAAAUCAUCUUCGGCAAGUACAGGUGGAUCUCAUAGACACUAAAACCUGUAACGAACCCCAAUCUUACAAUGGUGCCAUAACUCCUAGAAUGUUAUGUGCUGGCUCCUUGAAAGGAAAAAGAGAUGCAUGCCAGGGUGACUCUGGAGGACCACUGGUUAGUCCAGAUGCUAGAGAUAUCUGGUAUCUUGCUGGAAUAGUGAGCUGGGGAGAUGAAUGUGGACAACCUAACAAGCCUGGUGUUUAUACUAGAGUGACUGCUUUCCGAGACUGGAUCCAUUCCAAAACUGGUAUCUAAGAGAGAAAAAUCUAGUAGAAUGGAACACAUUUUUGUGUAUAGGCCAUUCUCAAAGAUACAGAAUUGCAGAAGUCUUGCAGGUCACUUGGAUAUGACCCAUCUAACUAACCUGUUUGCUUGAUGCACAUAUU